AUGCUCGGGCGCGUCCUCCUCACCGUCGCCAUCCUCGCCCUACUUCACGCUGCGUUCUCCACGUACGAACAUCUCUCUCAUUUGAAGGCGCUCGGUAGACCGGAGGGCUCUUUGCCUCAAGAUAUUAUCGCCGAGGCGCUCGUAUCACUAAUCCUCGGUAUCAUUGGUGCCUCGUUGAACGCUCCCGAACUGAAGGAGAUAACAUGGCGCAGUGAGAUGCGAAAGAGAAAAAUUGAUGACAUGGACUCCCGACUCAGCUUCGCAAGCUGGACGAAUAGAGGGAAUGAGCUUCUGUCAUCAUCAUAA